AUGAAGAAGAGGAUGGGAGAGGAGGAGAACGAUGAGAUGGGAGACAGGGAUGAGGAACUGCACUAUAAUGACCGACAGGAGAAAAAGAAGAUGAGGCAGAAUCAGGAAAAAAGGAAAGAGAUGAGCAACUAUCAUGUUAGAGUGAAAUUCGCUUGCAGCCGGAGCUGCUGCUGCUGCGAGCAGCUUCCUGUAUGCUCGCUUCCUCUUUUCAUUCAUUCAUUCAUUCAUGGUUUAACUGUCUGGUUCUCAGAUCUCCGUCUGCUCGCCGCCCUGAUGCUGGCAGCAGCCCUGCCUCUCUGCGUCCCAGGAGCUCCUCUGGAAGGAGCCGUCACCGACCUCCCUCCGGAGGAGAGCUCGGGUGACGGAGAGGAGGUGGUCCAGACGAAGCCGAGCCCGACCGAUCCUUCUAACAUCACGGAGACUUUGGCGCAGAUCCUUAAAGUCACCAAGGGCCACAAAGAAGAGGUGAGAUCUCGCUUCCUUUAUUUAAGAAUGAAUUUCGAGGCUGGCCUCCAGCAGCUGGCUCAGGAUCUGACCCAGUACUUGGUUCUCCUGAAACACGUCGACAAGGAAUACCCCGGCAAACUCAUUGUGACCGAACUGAAAACGAACCUUCCUCGGCUGAUCACAAAGAUCAAGCGAACGGUGAGUCCUCGGCUAAAGGUGCAGAGCUGUCCAUCUCAGUCAAUUCUAUUAAGGCCUUGUUGCUCUGAUAAAGCAACAAUAAAUCGCCACGAACGGAAAGUGGAAGGACAGUCAUGUUUUCUUCUGUAUUUGGCCCCUGCGCUUGCAGACACCUCUAUAAACAUCUUGGCGUUUCUGUUCCCGCAGAUGAGAAAUGCUGACCGUGUCGUGGCUCUGACCGGCAGCCAGGAGCUGCAGCUGCUCAAGGACCUCGAAAGCCUCGACUCGUACCACAGGAAGAUGAUGGCGCACAGCGUCCUUAGCUCCAUCCGCGAUUUCCUUGUCGAGUGGAAAAGGGAGCUGACUAAAAGGCAGGUGCGAAAAGCGCAGAACAGUAAUCUCAGCGAGACGGAAGCAGACUAGCGUCUUUUAGGAAGGAACCGCUCAGGUACAUCAGGUGAUCCCUGCUCUUCGCAAGAGUGUGAAAGUCACAGUAGUUUACUGGAUCCCUAAGUAAAAUAAUUAUGCAGCCCACAGGGGGUCAAACAUUUAUUCAGAGAAUAUUUCAUCUAUUUAUAUUAAACACUGUAUUUAUUGGAGAAGCCAUAUUUAUUGAAUACAUUUUGUAUUUUAUUGUGACUUCUUGUUAAAUUCCUGUUUUCAGUUUACAGCAAUUUUUUUACACUUAUGUAUUUUUGCUAACAGAAUUUCUAUGUAAGAAAUACUAUUUGAAUUCAUGUUGGAUUUUUAUUUUAUUUUUUUACAUUCAUAAAUAAAGAAUGUUAUUAAUACAUAAGAAUCAUGUUUCUUCAUAUUAACCCCCCAGAAUAUUUUCUUAUUUCACAUAUUACAUGAGACUGUCCAAAAUUUGGCAGUCAUGCUUACUCAGCAGAAGCAGAGCAAUAUGAAAAAGGAGAAAAUUAAACAUACAGGCACAAAUAUAUACAUACACCCACAGAUAAGGUUGCAGAUAAAUCACAAACUUUUUAACAAGCUUUCUGGAUUAUUCUGGGUUGAUAUUUUAUCACGAAUUCUAGUCUGUUGAUUUGAGCCGAAAAACAUGGAUGUAGUUCAAUAUGAAUAAUAUAUCAGUGCGACUGGCCGUACACCGGCCCCUCAGCAUAACGCUGCCACCAUCGUGUUGAGCUAACUACAAGUUGAGUGCUCUGAGGUGCAAAACUCUCAUUUUAACUACUUCAAACAUGUACGUCACAACAGCCAAUCUUGACCUCAUCUAAUUAUUAAACGUCUUUCUGAAACAUAUUCUGCUUCCUCACUGACUGCCACUUUCAGUCGAAUGUCAAAAGUGUUGAUUUUGGGGUUUUGGUC